CACUGAGUUUCGGUUCCUUGAUCUAUGUUGCAGGCUCUCCUUCCUCUUCACCACUGUCAGCUCCCGAAAACAAACCACCUUCGAAAUGGCUCCCAGUGCUGUGGCCCCAACUCCCGUCCCACCUCACCAAAUCAGGCAGAAGUCGAUCCAUGGCAACACGGCCCCGGUGCAGUCAUUGCCGAAUACCCCCAAGAAGAUUGCAAGUUAUCGAGGGUAUGACCAUGUGGCGUGGUGGGUAGGAAAUGCCAAACAGGCGGCAGCGUUCUAUGUCUCUCGGAUGGGCUUUGAGCGAAUCGCAUACCGGGGGCUAGAAACUGGUUCGAGAGUGGUCGCCUCCCAUGUCGUUCGAAACGGAGAAGUCGUUUUCGUACUCAGCUCGCCACUCCAUGGCCCUGACUCGAAGGUCCCCUGGCUCUCCUCCGACGAUCGAGCUCUGUUGAAGGAGAUGCACGAUCAUCUGACCACCCACGGGGAUGCAGUUCGCGAUGUUGCUUUCGAGGUGGAUGACGUCGCCGCAGUAUACGAUGCGGCCGUUGCAAAGGGUGCGUAUUCCGUUGCAGCACCCGAGAGCAGGAGCGACGAUUUUGGGACGACGAAGAUCGCGUCGAUCAGAACGUACGGCGACACCAUUCAUACUCUUAUUGAGCGACAAAAGUAUCAAGGAGCGUUCUUGCCAGGUUAUCGAGCGGUAACAAAGGUCGAGAGAACCGCCAAGUACCUUCCCUCAGUCGACUUGGCUGUUAUUGACCAUUGCGUUGGAAACCAAGACUGGGAUGAAAUGGAGGCCGCUUGCGAGUACUAUGAAAGAACGCUCGGCUUUCAUAGAUUCUGGUCUGUAGAUGACAAAGAUAUCUGCACCGACUACUCUGCGUUGAAGUCGGUAGUGAUGGCUAGUCCUGACGAGAAAAUCAAAAUGCCAAUCAACGAACCAGCAAAGGGCCUCCGAAAAUCACAAAUAGAAGAAUAUGUCGACUUCUAUAAUGGCGCUGGCGUGCAGCACAUUGCACUGAGGACCGAGGACAUCAUCACCACGGUUACCAACCUACAAGAGAGGGGUAUCGAGUUCAUCAGUGUUCCCGACACUUACUACGAUACCAUGUCGAAAAGACUGGAAAGCGCCGGCAUGAAGCUGAACGAAGACUUUGCAGCCCUGAAAAAGCUCGGUAUCCUUAUCGACUUCGACGAGGGCGGGUAUUUGCUGCAGCUCUUUACCAAGCACUUAAUGGACAGGCCGACGGUGUUCAUCGAAAUCAUCCAGAGGAACAACUUCUCUGGGUUCGGGGCCGGUAACUUUAAGGCUUUGUUCGAGGCCAUCGAAAGGGAGCAGAUGGCCCGUGGUAAUCUGUAGUUGUUAACAAAAAGUAAUCUUAUUGCUGGCACAGUUGUUCAUGCUCGUUUCUCAGACACUUGGGGAUUGGAGCGAGAGCGAUAACGAGCAUAUAGCCGGCAGCAGGAGUCUUGGAAUUAGCGCGUAUAUUGCUGAAAUAUUUCGCUCCUCUUGCCCAAU